UAGAGGUUUGAGAUCAGUUAUUUAGAAUAACCAUGCAGAAAAAAUGUCUUGUGGCUCUUCUGCUUUUCGUAACUGGGACAUAUUUUUAUUCAGAAGUGGCAAGAUUCGUUAAAGGCUCCAAUUAUUCAUCUUCAAAGGAAGAUCUCGCAUUACAGGCCGUUCAAACUCGAUUUCAAAAAGUAAAGGCUGAAUGCGGUCAGAUUUGUAUUACUGAACAAGCAAAGACAAAUGUUAUUGGAAAAGGAUGGUACAACAUUGUUCGCAAACCCUUCAGUUGUAAGAAAAUCUUCAAUUAUGAUGUCUUUGACAGUUCCACUGAGCUUGAAGAAUCUCCACAUAAGAUUCCAGCCUUUCUAUAUGAUGAGUUCACAUACCAAGGAAGAGUGCACGUUUCCAACAUGUUCAGAAAUGACGAAACACCAUUCUCUAAAUACGCUGAUUGGAAUAAAGACAUGGUGCAAAAUUUAGUCACCAAAAUAAGACAUGGAAUCCCAACAUCUUCAUAUGGAGCCAAGGCAUAUUCCAGUUUAAAGUUGGCGAUGCAUCAUACAAAAAAUACUGGGGCUCAUGUCUUAGUUAUUGGAUCUCAGAAGCCCUGGGUUGAAGCCAUGUUGUUGGAGCAAGGCGCCUCUCAUGUGAGCACACUCGACUACUCAAGUAUCAAGUGUGACCAUCCACAGAUCACCACAUACACUCCACCCGAACUUACCGCAGCCUUUCUUAGUGGAACCCUCCCUGUUUUUGAUGGGGUGGUUUCCUAUUCAAGUAUAGAACAUUCUGGAUUGGGUCGGUAUGGAGAUGCACUGAAUCCUUAUGGUGACCUUAUUGCUAUGGCCAGGGCUUGGUGCCUAGUCAAAGACCUUGGGUUUGCUGUUGUGGGAGUCCCUACAGGACCAGACCACAUCACAUUCAAUCUGCAUCGAGUCUACGGACCCCUCAUGUAUUCUCAUUUGUUUGCGAAUUGGCAACAAGUCUACACGGAUACAGAUAUCAAUUUAUAUGUAUCGGAAAAACACCGUAAGCGCACCUAUGGAGGAGGAUUUUUUCAUACAAUUCAUGUGUUACGCAAAAAUCGAACUUUCUUUGCCUUGUGAUGUGCAAUUUUUCAAGAUUGUACACUGUCAAGCCUGAAUCCUUAUAGGCAUAAAAAUACAAAUAUGCGUUUUGUAAA